AUGACCUUUGCGGCAUUUGAAAAGAUCAAGGACAUGCGUACCCAGGUGUAUGUGCGCGACCCGGCCAAUUUUGACAUGCACACAAAAGAAGACCAUGCUGGUUAUGGUGUGAUGCAGGUGGUGCAAAAUCUGAUAAUAGAUUUUGAAAGGGCGGGCAGGAUGGAGGGCAAUUGGAAAGAUCAAUGGGCUCUCUGUGAGGCGAUGGCAAUGUUUCACCUGUCAGGUUCUGCUGAGACCCUCAACCAUGUUGAUGACGGCGAAAGUGUGAAGAGCGUUUGGAAAUUGAUUUCAUUUAUGUUCCUUUCCAUGUUAAUUGCCUUGGAAAACGAGGGUCUCCUCGGUCCAAAGUCGAAGGUCAAGAAUCUCGGCAUGAUCAUGGCAUUGUUCCUACAACUAAUGAAGAAGGAGCGGCCAUCGGAUGGCAAGAACUUUGAAAUCUAUGUCUUUGCCUUUGCUAUCCUACACCAAGUUGAGUUAAUUGGGCUACCAAAAAGCACAUUUGACAUGCUACGGGAGGAGUUCCUGAGAAAUCCAGACAUAUUGCCCGGAGCUGUCUCUGACUCGGAUUCUGACUCUGAAUCUGAUUCUAACUCUGACUCUGAGUACCCUUGGGUAGUCAAAGAUGCUUUAGAUGACUACAUGGAGCAGGAAGCACCGAGAAGUGUCGGUGGUGAUGAUCUAGACAUCACGGCCUGGACUAGUGCCGAGCGUGAGAGAUACCAUUUUGGUGGGCAGGAUCCCUUGUCGGAGGAAACAAUUUCUGCACUCGAAAAGGGGGAUAUCCUUACCUUUGGAAGCUAG